AUGCCGCCUAAGCGCAAGAUCCAGGCCAUUCGUCCAGGCUUCAACAAGUACGGCUUCAGAGUCAGGAAGCCUGAGAAUGGAAGACCCGUCCAGAAGGCAGUAGGACCUUCGAAAUAUACCCAGCCCAAGGCGUCACCGAGUGAGACAAAACCAAAGGCAACACCAAAGAUACCCAAAGUCAAGCAGACCGCCAACCUGGCACGGUCCAAAGAACACGUGAGUACAGAACACGCUGAUGACAGGACGACGGCUCUCGUCGACCAUUCUCAGCAUCCAUCGUUUUUGACUAUAUCAGCGCCAUCACAUACAUUGUUUACUAGGAAGACAGCACCAUCAAACACAAUUGCGAGGGCUCAGGUCAUAUUGAUGGAUGGAUCCCCAUCCAGUGCUGCCGAAACGCCUGCAUCGACACCCUUUGUAAGGCCAUCAGCAACAAAGUCGGCGGUCAGGGCGUCGGCAAAAGCUACACUGAGUUUCACCCCGGUCGUACGCUCGAAAGUCACGAAGUCACGAGGAUCUUCGUUCAAACAGACAGCAAGGCUGGCCAAUCCACAGGAAGCCGCGAGUACGAAGAGCGCUACCCACGCAGAAAGCGCUCUCAACGACCAGCUCAGCACCAAUGGAUCCAGACUGCAGAGGGCAACUCGAAGCAUCGUUCCUGUCAACCUUGAGGCUUCCAUAACCAGCCCGCAGACCGCGGAAACGACAUCCGAGAAGACAACAGUAACGACUGCAGACUUUACAGUGGUGGCGCCUCUCGUCCAGCCCUUCGCUACCUCUUCGAUUUUUGAUCUCCAGUCGAGAGCUAGCUCGCGGACGACUCCAACCGAGCUAGCGAGAUCUUCAACGAUGGAUCCUGCAAGAAUGGCGGAGCUGAAGAUGGGUAUGGUUGGCUCAGCAGAAAGGCCGACUUCUGAAGCACCGACGAUGGCUCUAGAUGGCGGUACAGAUGCAGAAAUCCUCUCCUUGGAAACUUCGUCGCCGAAAGUUCUGGCCGUGCGGUCUCUUUCGCCGAUGACAGAUCGCAGAGAGAUGUCCAGGACGCAUUUCGAACGCACACCGUCCUAUAUCCGUCAGCUACAAGGGGCUGCUCACUCCCCCGAUACGGGCAUUGGCCAGACUGAGCCGAUGCACUUGGACACGGACGAUCGCACCAUCCCUCUCGCACUUUGUGGACGCCCAGAUUUCGAGGUGCGUCAGGAGUCAACAUCCGUUCAAACUCAGGUUUUUCGAGCUGCCUCCAUGGUCUCAGCCAGUGCUUUUAGGCCAGCUUUCACACUAACAUCGUCGAUUCCAAAAUUAGUGAUGUCGUCGGGCGGGUAUGACGAGUAUGUGAUGACAACAACAAUUCGUGUGCCACACGGCAAAACUUUUGAUCCUCCACAGGUAUCGAUUGCAUUGCCGACUCGUAGACCUGCACUUGGGCUCAGCAAGGAUGCAACAAUCUUAUCAGAGAAGCCUCAGCACGCUCAUGUUGACAGCUCUGAUGACAGCUCUGACGAUGAGCCGUUGAUGAAUCGUGUCGCCGCGAGAACAGCUAAUCACCUUCAAAACAUUGCGAGGACAAAUUCGGGUGGAGUAUAUUUCGGAGGCAGUGAUAGUCAGCAGUCGUCACUUUUCGCACCUGCGACAGCACCGAAAGUCCCACUUACUCUGGGCUCGGUAGCUAGCAGAAGAUGCCCUGCAGCCCACACUGCAGCAGCUCCCAAGCAUCUCGAGGCUGUAGCUUCCGAGGAACAAAGAUUUGCCCGGCGCAAGCCAGCGAGGGGUCGUACCCCAACACCAUUCCGUCGAGGAAGCCCCUUCCACCGACUUACGCCCAGCCGUCUUCGCACUCCAGCUCGCCACGCUACCCCGUCUCACCGCUUGACUCCUUUCCGCCGAGCCACCCCAGAUCGCCCUCGUCCGGCGCCCCUCAAGUCAACUACCGUCCGCCGUAAGGAGCAAUGGAAGAAAACGAUGUCCCACCUGGCAGACUACCAACGUUGCCGCCAGCUCCCCCCCCGUCGACCUAUCUUUCAGCAAGCCGUUAGGGAGUCUAUUGCGCUCGCACGUCUCGAAACCUUCUGGAAGAUCCUUUCUGAUCUUAUUGCAAAUAAGAAAGUAUUUGACCGCGGUAUGUGGGACCACUGGGAGAAUCUCAGUACAUGUGUACGGUUGAUCAACGAGAGGUUGGUCGAGGGAGAGAAGUUUGGAGGGGAGGAGAGUGAGGCGGCGGCGAAGGAGCUGACGAGGCAGCGAAUGGUCAUAUUCACUGGAAAUGGGAAGUUGAUGCUGACGAGGAACGCACUGUCAACGCGCUUGAGUUAG